UUCACCACUAAAAAGCUCAAUGAACUUACCAAUAAAUUUCAGUUAGCAUGGCCAACAUGCUUGCAAACUUUCAAAAGCUGAGCUUCAAUAAUUGCAGCUUUCAACCAAAGAAGCUCUAAAUGGUUUUGUACCCAAACCGCUAAAAACAAUUUAUAUACAUUGUCCGUCCGUUCAUAUUUGUAAUUGAAGAGCAAAUCAAUCGGCUAGCUACGCCAAGUUCUGAUAAAGAACUGUGUGGUCAGUAUGCAGAUUCUCGCAAACUGUUGCGUUCGUUAACCCGUUCUCUGGCAAUCUUGGCCCAGUCGGCGGUUGGCCAAUCGAUUGCGGCGGCAACUGCAAAAAUGCAUUUGUCCAGCGACCGAUUGCGUCAAUGCGAACAGCGCAUAUCGACACGUUGUGGGGGUGUUCAAAUCGGAGAUAAGUCCAGCUGCUUGCCCGAUGGCCCGGUAUAAAACGCACCGAGGCUGCGGCAGAGAUCAGUGACCAGCUAAGAAUUGGAGAUGAUGCAACGGCUAGAUCUCAAAUGGACGGCGAGGAUGGCCCAGCUUCUGCUCUGGAGUCAGCUGAUAAGCCUGGCGGUUGUAGGAUCGGCCAACGCCGCCUGGCAGUACAAUGAUGAGCAAUAUGCAAAGGCGCAGUAUGACAAGUUGUUUGGCCAUGGGCAGAAUCAUGGCCACGAUCGGCUGGGACCCUUUCAGUAUCAGUAUGUGGACUAUCAGCCAAAGUGUGGAACCGGCGGGCAGCCAGUGUGUGCCACCAAUGGCACCAACUACUUUUACUUUGAGAACAACUGCAAGCUGGAGGCAGCCAACAUGAAGCUGCUCUUCCAAUACGGCACGGAACUGGAGCCCACCGAGCUGGAGCGCUGUCUGCCGCAAUGCGACAACAUAAUCUGCAAUAAAACAUACGCGCCCGUCUGUGCGGUCAGUGAGCCGGGAGCCAAGCAGGAUCGGGGUGUGACCUUUGCAAACGAGUGUGAGGCGCAUCGACGCGGUUGCCUGACCAAGCAAACCAUGCGCAUCCUGAGGAAAGGACCCUGUCGAGAUGUCAGGUUUAAGUCCAGGCCAGGCAGCAAGGGCAAAGGCAAGCGCAAGCAUGGCAGACGCCGCAGCACCACAUCCUCUACAACAACAACAACAACCACAUCCACAACAACAGCAGCCACGCCCGCCAACAGGAGGCACAUCUACGUGAGGCUGGGCAAUAAGCGUAGCAGAACCACCACCACCACUACCAGCAGCAGCUCAACCACAACAUUAGCGCCCAUGCAGUUCCAUCGUUACAUGAACCUAGGCAAUCCCCAUGUUUCCGUCUCGCGUGCCGUCCAUGCUUAUAGCGUCUACAACAUACCCGAUGUGGGCCUCAACUAUGACGCCAUCACGGACUCUAGUCUGUCGCUCUAUGUGCCGGGUGUGGGCACCAUUACCGAUACGCCGCCCAGCACCACCACCACCACCACUAGCACAACAACCACACCUAAGCCACAAGCAAUUACGAGCACAACAGCCAUACCGAUCAUUAGCGAGACGCCCAAAAGGAGCAGCUCACCGAGAGAGGAAAUUAAAUUCUUUUAUGUGCCCUACGGCACCACUUCCACAACCACAGUUAGUUCAAGCAGCAUCAGCGCUGCUCCAGAGGUCACCAGCACCACAGCCACCAUCGCGGACACCAUCGCUGCCGCCACCGUUGACCGCACCGCUAGCACCACCAAGGUGCUAAAACUCGGCACAGCCGUUGUGGCUCGCAAUGCGACGGGCUUCAAAGUGAACACGGUGGCCAGCCCGAAACCUGAAAUACCGAAACCACAUCGAAAACCAAUUGUUCUUAAGAAUUAAGUAAAAUUCGUAUUGACACCAA